CCCACGCCUGUCACCCCGCCUGUGCUGGAACGCCAGUGUGCAAUCUCUCAGUUUCGUUUCCUGGUCACCACGGACGAUCAAGCGCCAACGCGGAGCUUGAUACCCACUCUCGACAUCCUCCAUCAUGGGAACCUGCUCGUCGACACAGACGCCAGCGUACGUCGAGACGCCCGACCCGGCGGCAACGCGCUCGCAGCGCAGCAUGGCCGAGUUCAUCCAGUCCGAGAACAACCCCAACCGGUCGCGGGCGCCGACGUCGCUGACCAAGACGUCGUUCACCAACUCACUCGUGCACUCGGGCUCGAUCCGAUUUGAUGACGUGCACCGCGACGACUACAAGGAGAUGCUGGCCAUGUACUCUCAGUUCUGGGUCGUGCCCGAGGACGUUGAGCGGACGCGCGCGAUCCCAAGCAACUACAUGAAGACCGAGAUGGGCCACUGCGAUGCGACUGCCGUCUUUCUCAAGUCGCUUGACCUGAAGCGGUCGCCCGCCGAGAUCGAGAAGAGCCGGAAGGCGCUGCUGAGCGAGAUCCGCUCCAUGGCGCGCAUCGACCAUCCGCACAUUGUGUCGUUCAUUGGCUUCAACAUUACGCCCGAGUUUGGUCUCUCGUGCAUCUUUGAGUUCAUGGAAGGCCGCACGCUGCGCCACCUCCUCGACAACCUCAAGCAGUUUGCGCGCCUCACAUGGGCCAACGAGAAGAUCAACAUUGCGUGCGACAUUGCCUCCGCGAUGGCCUACAUGCACGGGCUCAAGCCGCAGCUCCUGCACCGCAACAUGAAAGCCUCCAAGGUCCUAUUGACCAACCGGAAGCAAGCCAAGCUCAGCGGCUUUGGCAGCUCGCGCGACCGAACGUUCGACUGCGACAUGACCACGGGCGUCACGGGCGUCACCGACAUUCAGUGGAGCGCGCCGGAGCUCUUCAUCGACGGCGAAGACUACGAUGAGAAGGUCGACGUCUACUCGUUUGGCGUGCUCCUCACCGAAUUGGACACGGGCGCAAUGCCGUACGCGGUCGAAGCGGCGGGCAUGACGCUCCCGGACCUCACCGUGAAGCUCGUGACGGGCGAAUUGCGACCGAGCGUGUCGGCGACAUGCCCUGAGGUCGUUGCCAAGAUCAUCAAGCAGUGCCUCCAGCACGACAAGGCCCUUCGGCCGACAAGCGACCGCGUGCUCGAGAUGCUGCAGCACGCGCGCGUCGAGCUCAAGGCCGAGCGGGACGCAAGGCUCGGGCUCGACACUCUUCCGUAGUCGUUCAAAACUCAAUAUAAAGUUAACUCGUGUUGUCGUCG